UACCUCAUGGUGUCCUAUAGGAUAUCAAGGUGAAGCUCCAAAGCAAGGCCCCCCAAAAGCGAGAGUCACAGAGUGCCUCAAUGAGCUAUUCUCCCUAGUCCAAGGACUAGGUGGCACUGCAGUAGUACGGACCUAUGUAGACCAGCUGGCACAGGUACUCAGUGCACUCGUUGGGUGGAGUAAGAUAGUGACGUGUGGUGGCGAGAAGAGUGGCAGCCAGUGCAAGGGCACUGGUGGCAAUGACAAUCCGCACGGCCAAAGUGGCAGUGGCGGUGGCAGUACUGGCUGCGAGUAUCUACAGGAAGUAAAGGAAAACAAGCCUUGUGAUACGUGUAAAUGUAUGAAAUGGGAUGUGGCCGAUGCGGACAAUGAGAGUAAAGGACACCACCUGGGCAGGAGGUGUACAAAGUGUAGUGAUAGUGGUGGUGGUGUACUGCAUAGGUGUCAGUGUAGUACUGGUGGCAGCAGCACCUGUACUGCUGCCACAUGCAAAUGCGCUCUAGCAGGCAAAUGCUGCAAGUGUUGUUGUAAGAGUUGUCCUGGGAAGUGUAAUAAGGAGUGUACUUGUAUAAUCGAGGACGGGGUUGUUGGCCGUGAUGAAUGUAACAGGAAUAGCUACAUGUCAGCGUACCCUAGUAAAGCAUUUUAUCAAAGGACAAAAUACGUGGAAUCCAAGAGGGUAGACGUCAAACCAUAUUGGAAAGAUGUUGAAAGUGCUUCUAAUCGCCACCAAUGUGCCCGUAUCCUCCUAGGGUCAGUAUGUCUCAUUUGGAGUGGCAUUACCUACUUAUAUUGGACUGGCAAGUAUCACUGGAGUAGUCCCCGAUGGAAUAAUCACAUCCUGGAUGGUAGUGGUCUAGAUGAUGGUACGCUAUCCCAAUGGCUACAGGCCCUAGGGUUUCCUAGGGAUAUGCUGAACAAUAGUGGGCCACAGAAUAGACUUGACAAGGUCAUAUGGGAUGGGAUUAGUGAUAAGUUGCUUCUAGGGUUUGCAAUGCCUAGUGGCCUUUAUAACAGUGGUGUCCAUGACACUAAUGAUAAUACAGCCAGACAACCAGCUGGUAUGAACUAUCCUGGAUUUAUACAUACUGCACAUAGGGAUUCAUUCAAUGAACAAGCUAUUGUCUUCAAGAAUGGCAGCUCUAGUACUAGUGACAUUGACCAACACAAACAAGGCGCCCUUUUCAAGCUCUAUAUCCUAUCAUGUGCCUAUUUUACUGGAUUGCAGAGAAGGAAUAGUGAGAGUACUCCAAGGACUCCCAAGACCAUCCGUGAGAUCCUCUACUGGCUAAGUGCACUGCCAUAUAGUGAGGCAUAUCCAAAGAUACUGCAGCAUUCCAAAGGAGUAUUGGAAAAGGUAGCACCAGACGUCGAGAACAAAAAACAGCUUUCGUUCUACCAGACAGGCCGCACAGCACCCAUUACCGUCCAUGAAUUUAACCUGUUUGCUCACUUCCAAGCAGUGACCCAGUACUGCCCACUGGUACUCAUAGGUAUCCAGGGUGGCCUCAAAGGCACUGACAGGACUAAGGAACCUUCCAUCCACGCCUUGUACGCUAACACGGAGUGUAACUUCACCUACCCAUCAGUUCCCAUCCAAGCAUACAACCAGGUGGUCCACUACAUUAGGGCUCUGUUCUACCAGUUGUACUUCCUCAGGAAGCAAUGUGCCGUGAAGGUAGCCCUGGGAGGCAAAUGGCGUGAGUGUAGGUAUGGCAAGGAUGUGGUAUCCAAGGGGGUAAUUAGCUGGAUGUGCAUGGGGUGUAGCCCCAUGGAGCAUGAUAGGAAAAAGAGGGUAGCAGAGAUGGGAAAUAAACUUAAUAAACUACCAUUAGGAUCGGGAGAGAGUGUAGCAAUGAAGGUAAAGACACUAUUGGAGAAGAUUGGUGAAGUAGUGGUACAAUUGGGUAAUGCCCAGGAGGCAUUGGAAGGGAAGAAGAAGGAGGCUAUAGAGGGGGUGAAGGGGGCACUAGGGGAGGCUAAGAGGGAACUAGAGGGGGCUAAGAAUGGGCUGAAUGGGAAACUAGAGGAGGCUAAGGAUGGGCUGAAGGAUAAACUACAGGAUGCCAUGACGAAACUAGGGGAGCUGACGAAUGGUGGUGGAAUACUAGUAGAUCUAUUGGGGAGUAAUGGACUAGAGAAGGCAGCGGAGAAGGGUGAAUAUGAUCCCGGUAAGAACAAGAUAAGUGAGGCUAUCCAUAAGGUACGUUCGGUAAUGGAGGAAAUACAGAAGGAACUGGGAGUUAGUAAUUCAUCAUAUUUAAACGGCAGCUUAUCGGAAUGGGUCGCAAACACACUUCAUAAAACCAUAGAUCAGAUCAAAGACAUAUGCAACACUCCCAAGUGCAGUGCAUGUGACUCACACUCCAAGAAGUGUGGCCAACCAUCCACACCCAGUAUCUGUAGGACCUGCCUCCAACCCACUACCACCGGUGUCCCUUCCCCCCUCCAGGCAUUCCUCGAGGAUCGGUUGCCAGGCUUUAGUUGUGAUGAAGUACGAAACGAUGAAAAGGACAAUCCAGACUACCCCUUGGCUUCAUCCCACUUGGGACACUGUAAUGGUUCUGGUCAAUGCUGCCCAUUGCCAAUGGGUUUUAGGGGUCAAUUCCAGAAGGACGGCAUCACUAAUAUGACUGGGCAACGCCUUUAUGGCAUCCUAUACUUCUUCAGUAACGAGAACAUGAUGCAGUCGUGUGUCUAUACACUGGUGAGGGUAACAGCAGAACUCAGUGCUACCACACCACAGGUAUUGGGUGAUGUAUUUGGGUUCUUUAGGGGUGGUGUAGGAAAUAAGGAUAGUGGAAAGACGAAGAAUGCAGGUAACAGGCAGUGUGACCACCAGAAAGAUCCGUCUCAGAAAGGAGAUACUGACUAUUUUUGUGGCUGGUGUGCCUCCGGGUUACGGGAUGAAGUAAAGAAGAUAGAGUGGAUACCAAAGAAGGACGGUGAUGGAGGGCAGUAUAGAGGCACAGUAGGACAAGCACUGAUAAAUAUUAAGGGCGAGAAGAGUACUAGCCCUGUUCCAUAUUCCGAUGCUACUACUACCACUAAUACUUCCCUAUCACGACUCACUAAGAACUGCCAGUACCUCUCCCCUCUAACCGGUGAACUCUAUACAGCAGUGAGUGCCACCUUCGGUGGAACAUACCUCUCAUGGGUACUGUACCUAUCAGAUGCACUUGAAGGGGGCCUAAAGUCACUCUCUGACGCAUUCCAACAGAUUGAAUGCCGGGGCUGUAGAGAGUGUGACCCCAAUAAGUGCAAAAAGGGAAGUCACGGUGUGACGGGUGGUGGCCUGUGUGGAUGCCAAUCAAUCGUAUCAUGUACCGGGGUACUACCGGUGUUGUACAGACAUGGCUUCAGCUAUGGUAACCCAUUCAAUCUGGAGGGGUGUAAUCAGAAGGAAAAGGAGAAGGGAGAUUACAGCAUUACAGCCGAUACGAAGGGGAAGAAGCAGUGUCAUGACUUCUUAAGCAGUCUCAGUGCAGUGAUUAACAAGAACAAGCAGGACCCCUCUAAGGGCCAGGACCAACACCCCCUCACCAACCUCCUCUCCCAGGUCGGCCAGCUCCAAUACGACAUACGGCUCCCCUGGGUCUUUGUCCUCACGCUAGCCUGGCUAGUAGCAGUGCUCUACCUAGCCUUUGGUGCCAUAUGGCCACUGGACUGGACACAUAUGAGGUCGCAUUGGUUACGGGGUGGAGCACAUCAGUGGGAAUGUAUGUGGUAUAAGGUGAUGACGGGGAGGAAGGGAAGAGUAGUGCUGGAGGGGGUGGAAAAUUUUGGUCAAUGUUUAGUAGUGCUUUUAGUAAUGUUUUAGUAUCAUGGUUAGUAAAAGUUUAACAAAGAAGUGGUAGAUAUUCUAGUUAUAGUAUGAG